AUGGAGCCCCCCCGGCCCGGAGACACGCGAGAGUUAAACAUGGCUCCUGGGAAGACGAUCAAAGCCAAGAUCAAGAAGACUUUGCCAGUGACUGGCCCUCAGGCUCCAACAGUCAGUGAGCUGAUGCAUUGGUACUGCAUGAACACCAAUACGCAUGGCUGCCGGCGUAUCGUGGUAUCAAGGGGACGCUUGCGCAGGUUCAUCUGGAUCCUGCUCACCUUGAGCGCCGUGGGGCUGAUCCUGUGGCAGUGUGCUGAGCUCGUCAUGUUCUAUUACACGGCCUCUGUCUCAGUCACCGUGCAGUUCCAGAAGCUGCCCUUCCCCGCAGUCACCAUCUGCAACAUCAACCCUUACAAGUAUAGUGCAAUGAAAGAGCACUUGUCUGAACUGGACAAAGAGACAAAAAAUGCUUUGGAGACUUUAUACGGAUUUUCAGAGGGCAAAUCCAAGGUACGUCGGGAUGCAGAUGACUGGAACGCUACAGGGAGCAAAUUUCUUGAAAUAAUCCCUCUGCUAAAGUUCGAAGACCUCUCUAAGAAGACUGUGACUGAGAUUCCAAGUGGCAAUAAGCGGAAAAUUGAGACCAGUGUCUUUCACCAAGGUUCCAGCAUGGUGAAUACUGGAGAUCCACAAGAUGUCGUGGGCUUUCAGUUGUGUGACCCAAACAACAGCAGUGACUGUGCAGUUUACACAUUUAGCUCUGGGGUAAAUGCUAUUCAAGAAUGGUACAAGCUGCAUUAUAUGAACAUCAUGGCACAAAUACCCCUGGAGACGAAAGUGAACAUGGGCUACUCCGCUGAGGAUCUUCUGCUGACGUGUUUCUUCGAUGGCAUAUCUUGUGACACAAGAAACUUCACCCCUUUCCAUCAUCCACUGUAUGGCAACUGCUACACCUUCAAUAGUGGAGAAAACGGAAAAGUCCUGACCACCUCUACAGGAGGCAGCGAGUAUGGAUUGCAGGUUGUUCUUUACAUAGAGGAAGCAGAUUACAAUCCCUUCCUGGUGACCUCGACCGGGGCCAAAAUCAUUGUCCACGACCAGCAUGAAUAUCCCUUUAUUGAAGAUAUCGGGACUGAGAUUGAGACUGCAAUGGCCACCUCCAUUGGGAUGCACUUUACUCGGUCUCACAAGCUAAGCAAACCGUACAGCGACUGCACCGAGACUGGCACGGACAUUCCAGUAGCGAACCUCUACAACAAGAGCUACUCGCUCCAGAUUUGCCUGCAUUCCUGUUUCCAGCGGGCCAUGGUGGAUAUCUGUGGCUGUGCCCAGUACGCCCAGCCCUUACCUCCUGGUGCAGAGUACUGCAACUACAAGAAAUACCCCAACUGGAUGUACUGCUACUACAAGCUGCAUGAGAAGUUUGUGAAGGAGCAGCUGGGCUGUCAGCAGAUUUGCAAAGAAGCCUGCAGCUUCAAGGAAUGGACGCUGACCACCAGCUUAGCCCAGUGGCCAUCUUCAGUUUCUGAGGACUGGAUGCUUCGCGUCCUCUCUUGGGACAAAGGGCAGAAAAUCAACAAAAUGCUGAACAAAACGGACCUCGCAAACCUCGUAGUGUUCUACAAAGACCUGAACGAGAGAUUCAUUUCCGAGAAUCCCGCCAACAACAUUGUCAUUCUUCUUUCCAACUUCGGGGGCCAGCUGGGCCUUUGGAUGAGCUGCUCUGUGGUUUGUGUCAUUGAGAUCAUCGAAGUUUUCUUCAUCGACUCAUUCUUCAUUGUCACGCGGCGCCGCUGGCAAAAGGCGAAGAAAUGGUGGCGUGACCGACAAGCAGCACCCGCUCAGGUUAACGCUCCAGCCAAAGGGGGCCACGACAACCCCGUGUGCAUCGACGAGGACCUGCCCACCUUUAACACUGCCCUUCACUUACCACUGCCCCAGGAAAAUCACGUGCCCAGGACUCCGCCGCCCAACUACAGCACUUUGCAGCUAGACGCUGCAUUCACAGACCCACUGCCCGACACUCUGGAGGGCAGCUGCCAUUGA